AUGUCUAAAGGGUUCCAAGAUUUUUACUCCCAUCACCAGCCGUCGGACCACGAUGAAGACAAUCAACGGCGGAGCUUCGCCGGCGCCUUCCCGUACUCCGGCGACUCCUUUUCGUCCUACACCAACUUUUUUGACCCUUCGUUUUUGAGCCUUCCCGAGCUUUUCCAAGUAUCGACUGGCCAAAACUCGUACCUCGAUGCUUUCGGCUUGUCGCCGGAGGCGUUUUCCGACGGUAAUAAAGAGGAGCCUACGAUGCCUCUGGCGGCGGCCGCCGGAGGUUUCGAGACUCCGGCGACUCCAAACUCUUCGAUCUCUUCCGCUUCGGACGAGCACGACGAGAAUUCGAACAAGGGCAAGAAAGGAGGAGUUAUAGUAAAGGAAACCCUUGAAAAUGAUGAUGAAGAUGACUCCAAGAAAGAUGCUAAGGCGAGGAAAAAAGGGGUCGGGAAGAAGGAAAAACAACCGCGCUUCGCGUUCAUGACCAAGAGUGAGGUCGAUCAUCUUGAAGACGGGUACAGAUGGAGAAAAUACGGUCAGAAAGCCGUCAAAAACAGCCCUUAUCCGAGAAGCUACUACAGAUGCACGACCCAGAAAUGCCCGGUGAAAAAACGGGUCGAGCGAUCGUUCGAGGACCCCUCGAUCGUGAUCACCACUUACGAGGGGCAGCACAACCACCACGUCCCGGUGAAUCUCCGGGGACACGUGGCGGCGGCAGCCGGAAUAUUCACUCACUCGAUGCUUUCGCCGCCUUUCGAGGGCUCGAGUUUCUCUCAUCAAGAGCUUCUGGGACAAAUGCCUCAUUUGUACGGUUACGGUGGAACGGCAAAUGGGAUGACGACGAUGAUGAACCAUUAUCAACGGAAUACUCCGAGCGUGCCACAUCAGCAGGUCGAACAGUUUCCGGACUAUGGGCUGUUGCAGGAUAUAAUUCCUCCUAUGUUCCCUAAACAGGAGCCUUAG